GAGGCACCGCGACCUGGAUCCGCUGCUUCUCCCUCCCCCCGGGACAUCCAUCCAUCCAUCCAUCCAUUCAUCCACCCGGAUACACAGUUACAACAUGCGGAGGACGAGCCGGGAGAUUUUCGACGAGCUGUCGGCGCUGCUGUAGUUGUUUUUUGGGGGGUGAGGAAUCUAACGGGGAGACGGUCAGUAACUGGAGGUCUCAGACUACAGAGAGGAGCUCCACACUCACUGCACCAACAGACUAAGAUGAGCACCGUCCGCCUCGCUCUCCUCGUGCUGCUACUCUGCGGGUUCCUCGGGGCGCAGCAACAGCAGCUGCUGCUGCCCGGGUCCUGCAACUUUGAGCUGGGCACCUGUGACUACACAUCAGACACAGAGUACGGCAGCUGGAACAUGAAUGAAGAAGGGCAUUUGAUAACGGUGGACUCAGCCUUCUUAAACGACCAGGAGCAGGCGGUUCUCGUCAGUCCACUUCUGGACCAGCAGGACUGGAGCUGCGUGAGGCUGGUGUACCAGAUCACUGGAGGGGGUUCCCUGCAGCUCCACCUCAGACCAGAUGGUGAUAACUUUGACUACAGACUGUGGACUGCCAACAGAGCCUCUGACAGCUGGCUAAUUGCUAGUGUUGACCUACCAAACACCACAAUCCCCUACCAGAUUUUGCUGGAGGGUCGACCUGAACGUGGCUCGGGGAACAGUGUGGCCAUCUUUGAAAUUCACAUUGUUCCUGGUUACUGCAUAGAGUGUAAUUUUGAGGAGCAUCACCUGUGCGGAUACAGUAACAGCUGGAACCCAAAUGUCAACUGGUACGUUGGGGGGAGUGUGGCCAGGGAGCCUGGGUCUAACCUGCUUCUAAACCACACCAACAAUAACCAGAGAGGCCACUACAUGUAUGUGGACUCUGUGUACGCCAAGCACUUUCAGGAAGUAGCCAAGCUGACCUCGCCCAUGACCACGGUGCCCAUAGCCGGCUGCCUGUCCUUCUACUACCACAGAGACCAGGAGAGGGGAAACAUCUUUUCAGUCUUCACCAGAGACCAGCUGGGCCACUAUGAGGAGAUCUGGAGGCCAGGGGUGUAUGCUACCGCUGGCUGGACUCAAGUCAGCGUUGACAUCAAGGCCCCACACCCGCUGGAGGUGUUGUUUGAGGUGGCCUUCAACAGUGCCAGAGGUGGAUACGUGGCCAUAGAUGACAUCUCCUUUUCUCCUGAAUUCUGCCACACUGACACAGAGCCGACCUUUGACCCCUCCAUAGCCAACUGUGACUUUGAGAAUGGGCUGUGUCUGUACUAUCAGGAGAGAGCAGAGAGUAAGGUGUGGAGUAGAGCUUCAGUGAAGCCUAAUGCCUACAGGAUAGGAGACCAUACCACAGGAACAGGCUGUUUCCUUCUGGCAAACACUCGUUUCACCUCACAGCCUGGCUAUGUGGGUCGGCUUCAUGGUCCAUUGUUACCAGGGAACCACAAAUACUGCCUGAGGUUCUACUACCUGCUGCAUGGCUUUAGGAAAGUAGAUAAUGCUCUGUUCAUCUACAUUUAUGACGAGAACAAUGUGGCCCAGGAGAAGGUGUGGAGCUUGACUGACACUUCCAGGGCUGUAUGGACUGAGGUGGAGAUCACCUACAUGAAGCCAAUGCUCUCCAAGGUAGUGUUUGUCAGCAUAUGUAAGAACUUCUGGGAAUGUGGCCUGGCAGCCAUCGAUGACAUCACUGUCAGUCUGGGGGACUGUCAAAUGACAGCAGGCUCCUUACCGGGCCAGUGUGAUUUUGAGGGCGGAGUCUGCGGCUACACCCAGGAUAAGAAGGAGAACAAAGCCGACUGGCUGCGAGUCCGAGGACACACCCCCACCUCCUAUACAGGACCCCGAGGAGACCACACCACUGGGGUGGGCUACUUCAUGUACAUUGAGGCGUCGCUCAUGCGUCCGGGUCACAAGGCCCGACUGCUGACCUCUGACCUGCGGGGCUCCUCGUCCCCUCAGUGCUUGACCUUCUACCACCACAUGUACGGCUCGGGCACCGGCAUACUGAGCGUGCUCCUACGCCGCGGCGGAGGCAGAGGAGAGCGGGACACGUUGCUGUGGCGCCGCCGCGGCGAGCAGAGCAUCAGCUGGAUGAGGGCGAUGGUGGACUACCACUGCGACGUCCGACACCAGAUUAUAUUUGAAGCCAUCCGGGGCCCGACACUACGGAGUGAUAUCGCCAUUGAUGAUGUCCAUUUUAAAAGGGGACCGUGUGAAGAUCCAGGUGACGUCACUCCGUACUCGGGCUUCUCUGAGUAUUUCAAUGAGAUUGAGAACUGAGACUGGCAGGACGUCUUUCCGUGAACCACCCACCGAGACAAUUUACAAAGUUGUAGAGCAAUGCUUAUGUCGUAGCCAAGACCUCCACCACACUGUACUGUUGUCUUUCAUUCACGUCCCCAGUCCCCGCCCCCAGUCUCAGUGUGUCUUUGGCCACAGUUCAAGACAAUGGAAUUGGUAUUAAACACUGAGGGAUGGUCACAAUUUCUCCAAUUACAACUCACUACAGUCGCACCUCGUUCGUGUGACACUCAAAUAUGAAACCACAAUCUGGUGUUAAGGCCAGUGGACACUAUGCACAAAAAUGUCUUGCAAAUAUGCCACAGGGAAGGUACAGGUGUGAUCUGGCUCUAGAGAGGUAAACCAACACAUGGAUUCAGUCAUUGAACGGCCACUAGCUAGGAAGCUAGCUUCAAAAACAAACCUGACACAUUACUUAUUUGGUCUUUUUCAUUGGGUUGACUUACAGAAUUGUCACACACACAAAAAAAGACUCAAAUACUAAACACUGAUGUUUCAUAGGUAGAGACAAAGUGGAAAAAAAAGGUUCAGUAAUUUCCCAAAGCAGUGUGUCACUGUAGUUUUUAUCAAAAGUUGCUCAAACAGAUGGAAAUGUUGUAUUGUUGGGGACUAUUUUUAGCAGCGGAUUAAUCUACGUUUGGCAGUCUAGUGAGCAUUUGGUGCAGACUUGAAAUAG